AUGGCCUCCUCUUCAUCCCAGUCUUACAGAAAGUUUCAGAAGCUGGAAAGAACCGUCGCUAAAGCGCGUCAUCUAGGCUUCGACUACGAUUGGGACAAUGGCCUCCUGAUGUUUGGGGACUAUUGGUGCAUGGAAGUCGAGCGCCUCCGCGAAAUCUUGUCCCCCGACCAUCCUGGUUAUGAUGAUGUAUGGGAUCAGAGAGAUUUUGAAGCUGAUAAGGCGUGCCUUCGGGACAAGGAGUGGUUUGUCGCGCAGUCACAAUACUACGGCCUUCGACUAGGCGAUGUGAAGAUGAAGACUCUGCGCAAUCUGCGCCGUGAUUUGGCCGAGUUGGUCAAAAUGGGUGCGUGCGACACUCUCAGUAAACCUGUGGCCGCUUUCUACGAUGCUUUCAGAAAAAUGGAGGACAUUCAGAAAAGUCAUGAUGAGAUCUUCGAUGAAUUCACAGCCAUGGAGGACAAAAUCGCAUUCGAUGUUGAAAUCUUCGCACAGCGCUACUUCUCCGAUCGAACCACCACUCCCGCGCCAAUAUUACUUCGCAACCUUCCUAGCGAUACUAGGCCUCUAAUUGACCGCCUCGAAGCGAUCGACGGUCUUGUAUGUAGAGUGAUUGAUGUAAACGAUUCCACUUACUGGGCCAUUCUUGGCUGGGACCAUCUAGCUGUCGACGACGCAGUGCGUUCAGCGAGGGAGUCGUUGAGAGAGAAAUCCGACAAGGCGAUAGCUGACGGCGCUUUCGACAUAAUCGCGACCGAGAUGCAGAAGCAUCACAGAUACGUCUUCAGAAACCUCACGCCACCAGAAAUCGACUACCACGUUGACGGAAAGGAAUUUUUAGUUAAACCGGAAGCAACUCAGAUGCGACUCGAGGAUGCCCUGGGCAACUUCCUCGUGCAGGGCGUCAUGAUAGAAAAAGAGUAUGCAUCUGUAGACCCGACGGCUUUUGAACUCAACAUCAGACCGUUCUCUUCCCCAGUUGAGGACGAUGGCCUAUUGGUUGGGGAUAUGAGGUUUGGCGAAUUCGAAGGGACCGCGAUCCUCUCUUUCUCCUACGAUCGGAUGGCGAUUGUCCAGUCAAGGCAUGUGACGCAGUCAGUGGGGUUCGAAACGGUAGACGGCCUCGAUACUAUGUGGAAGAGCUUGUCUCUGUUCAAGAAUUUUUCCAAAGGCGACACGGGCGAGGUCAUUCGGGAGGCUCUCAAAGCCGUGGAAAGACCAAACUACGUUCAGGAGCCAAGGCAGAACUGGCGACUGCCAAAACUGCGCAAGCCAAAUCCAUGGUUUCCACACAGUGGCGCUCGGCGGCUUUACUUCUGCGCAAAGGGCUGGAAUGACGCGGAGGACAGUGUCAUGGAGUUCAAGAAAGGAAUCCUUGAUUUCAACCCGUCUUGCACACGGUUCAAAGGCGUCAUCACAAUGUUGGAAAACAAUGAACUGUUCAGAUUGAAAGGCUUCAAGGUGGAAGACUACUCUCCAACGCAGUGGGAUGACGUCGAAGGGGGAUUCUAUGAUGACGAGGACAUGGAUUCGUCGACGACAGAGGAAUCGUCUAUUUCCGGAGAAUCGUCUACAUCUGAAGAGCCAUCUAUACCGGGUGACUCAUCUUCAGAGUCUGGGGAUAUAUCUUCAGACGACGGCAUGACCUGA